ACUAAUGCACGUUGAUGCACAAUCUAUUUGUUUGAUUACACACUCUUCAGAUUGUAUUCAGACUUGUCUCACGUAAUAUUCAACACCAUUUGCAGCUUAUUAAAGAGCUGAAGAGACUUUGUCAUUGCAUUACCGCUCGCUGCCAGUUUGAGCCUUGUUUCCAGGGAAACAGAAAAUCAGAAGCUUUCAACGCUCAGACACAACGCUGAAAUCCAAAGACCUCCAUACACAGCAGAGGAUUCGAGAAAACAAUCCUGCCUUUCUCAGCACCCACAGGAGAAGUAGGAGCUUCAGAAAAGAGCCAUGAAUGUGUCGUGGAUUUGAUACAUAUUGCUUUUUUUUGUGUGUGUGUGUGUGGAAUAUAAACAUGAACAGAGUUACUAAUCAGUGAUCAUAUUGGAGAAAAUGGGUAAAUCUCUUCAACUACAUGAACAAUGAGACAACCAGCUCCAUAUGACUGUUUUGGGGAAUCUGCUCAAAAAUUAACUCUGCUAUAAGUCAUGCCUGUGUGACUGUUUCGAAGGACACCAUGAUGGAUAACAAACUGCCUGAAGCCUGCAAACAUUCAAAAACUGUUGCCCUUGAAGAGAUCCAUACUGACUCCCAGCCUGCUGUGACCAAAUCUGAUCAGAUUCACUCAACCGUAUUGAGUUGCUCAACAGUAGUGGUGGAUUUAAGUCUUGGAUCAAGUGAAGGACCUACACGUAGAGAGCGAUUUAAAUCAGAUUUGCAACAAGCAAGCCAGAAAUCACAAUUCUGGUCACUAAUCAUGAAUCACCUGAGCAUGAAAUGGAGAAAGGGGAGUGCUGUGGAGAAAGUGACACCAAUCUUGAGUGUAUGGUGCCAAGUGAGGAGGACAAUUUGGAUGUAUCCAUGGUGGUGGCAGACUUGAUAGAGCUCAGUGAAAUGCAACAAACCUGUUUGGUCAGCAACAGUUCAGAAGAGCAAAUCUCCAGCAUAGGAGAUCUGAACAUGCCCAAGUCAGAUGAAGUUGGAUUCAUAGAAAGCCAUAAAAAACAAACACAACCUAAAAGUCAACAAGAGAUAUGUGCCAACAAAUACCAGUCAUCAGAGGAAUUAAUUUCACCUGACUCAAAAGAUCCUAACAGGUCAGAAAAGACAGUGAGCAAUGUGUCAUUAAAGCAAGUGAAAUCAUUAGAAAAGAGAGACUCAGAUGGAAAAGUUGUAUCCAGGCAACAGCAAAUACAGACACAAGUUAGCCUGGAGGUUAAAUACCACUCAGCAGCCACCAGCCCUAUGACUCCUCCAGAAGAUUCCACUGCUUUUUUCUUUCCAUACUGCCUUAACAAACUGGGCCAAAGUGAUGGGAUUGAAUCAGGUCAGGUGGAAACAAAGGAUGCUGAGCUCCAGGUGGGCAUGCAAGUGGAGUACCGAUCAGUUGCCACAGCUCCCAUGACACCCAAAUUAACAAAUGCACCUGAAUUUACAGUAGAGACUCGGUCUGUUGCGACAGCUCCCAUGACACCUGUGGCAACAACUGCACCAAAGACACUGGUAGAAACUCGAUCAAUUGCUACAGCCCCCAUGACACCCAUUUCAACUGUUGCACCUGAACUGCAAGUAGAGACUCGUUCAGUUGCCACAGCUCCAAUGACACCCAUUACAACAAUUGCACCUGAACUGCAAGUAGAGACUCGUUCAGUUGCCACAGCUCCAAUGACACCCAUUACAACAAUUGCACCUGAACUGCAAAUAGAGACUCGUUCAGUUGCCACAGCUCCAAUGACACCCAUUACAACAAUUGCACCUGAACUGCAAGUAGAGACUCGUUCAGUUGCCACAGCUCCAAUGACUCCCAUUACAAAAAUUGCACCUGAACUGCAAAUAGAGACUCGUUCAGUUGCUACAGCUCCAAUGACACCCAUUACAAAAAUUGCACCAGAACUGCAAAUAGAGACUCGUUCAGUUGCCACAGCUCCAAUGACACCCAUUGCAACAGUUGCACCUGAACUACAGGUUGAGACUCAAUCAGUUGCCACAGCACCAAUGACACCCAUUGCAACAGUUGCACCUAAACUACAUAUAGAAACUCACUCAGUUGCCACAGCUCCCAUGACGCCUGUUGCAACAAUUGCACCUGAACUACUGGUUGGGACUCGAUCAGUAUCCAAAGCACCAAUGGCACCCAUAGUAGCAACUGCACCUGAAUUACAAAUAGAAACUCAAUCAGUUGGCACAGCUCCCAUGACGCCCAUUGCAACAGUUGCACCAGGAAUACAGAUUGAAACUUGCUCAGUUGCAACAGCUCCCAUGACACCCAUUGCAACAAUCGCACCCAAACUACAAGUAGUAACUCAUUCAAUUGCCACAGCUCCCAUGACACCAAUAGCAACAACUGCACCAGAACUACCUGUGGAGACUCGUUCAGUUGCCACAGCUCCCAUGACACCUAUUACAACAAUUGCACCUGAACUACAAGUAGAGACUCGCUCAAUCGCCACCACUCCUAUGACACCAAUAGCAACAACUGCACCAAAUCUACUACUGCAGACUUGUUCGAUUGCUACAGCUCCCAUGACCCCUUUUUCAACAACUGCACCUGAACUUCAGAUUGAGACCCACUCAGUUCCCACAGCUCCAACGACACCAAUUGCAAGAACUGCAACAAAACUACAGGUAGAGACCCAUUCUGUUGCCACAGCUCCCAUGACCCCUAUAGCAACAAGGGCACCUGAUCUACGGGUGGAAACUCAUUCAAUUGCCACAGCGCCCAUGACCCCCAUAGCAACAAGGGCACCUGAUCUACGGGUGGAAACUCGUUCAAUUGCCACAGCCCCCAUGACACCCAUAGCAACAAGGGCAGCUGAUCUACGAGUAGAAACUCGUUCAAUUUCCACAGCUCCCAUGACACCCAUAGCAACAAGGGCACCUGAGCUAAGGGUAGAAACUCGUUCAAUUGCCACAGCUCCCAUGACACCCAUAGCAACAAGGGCACCUGAGCUAAGGGUAGAAACUCGUUCAAUUGCCACAGCUCCCAUGACACCCAUAGCAACAAGGGCACCUGAGCUAAAGGUAGAAACUCGUUCAAUUGCCACAGCUCCUAUGACACCCAUAGCAACAAGGGCACCUGAACUAUGUGCAGAAACUCUUUCAACUGCCAAAGGUCCUGUUAUUCCAUUCAACUUAAGCUCACCUGAGUUGAUUCCAGAGCCAGAGCCAAGAGUCAAGUCAGGUUCAGAUGAACCUGAGCCAGUACAAGAAGUCUGUUGGGACGAGAAAGGCAUGACAUGGGAUAUCUACGGUGCUGUAGUUGAGGUUUCAGUUCUGGGUUCAGCCAUCCAAAAGCACCUGGAGAAACAAGUUUUGAAGAAGCAAAUUAAACUACCUGAUGACACAUCCAAUCAAAUUUUGCUUGCAAACACUCCAGACAUUUACACUCCCCUACCUUCCAGCCCUCCUGCUUUUUCAUCUUCUAGCCGGUGCAGCUCAGCAAAAGGUAGCAGGAAAAAAGACGAGAGGAAAGGAGCAAGAAGCAGACAAAGACAGAAUCCUUUGCAUUCGUUCUGCAGGAACUUAAGAAGGCCAAACUGUUGCUCCCGGCCACAUUCCGAGUAGAUAUAUUCAAGAGAUAUUGCUUUAAAAUGGCAAUAGUUAAAGAGUUUAACCAGUGGACCUGAUCACAGCCCAAUUUUCUAUAGGUUUCGAUUGUUGGCCAGUAGGUUUUGAUAGAUUUUGUCCCCCUAACUGGCAAGCCCUCUCCAAUUGCAUUAUGUUUUUUAUUAUUCUGUCUUAUUCUGUGCUUCACUUGCGAUAUAAUCCUAAAAAAAAUUAUUGAAGGGAUUAAGAACCACAUCAAAUGAUUAGUGAAAGUUCUUCAAGAUUUAUAGCCUAUGUCUAGCUGCACAGAUUCAAAUCUUCUGGGUAUUUUAAUAGCACAUUCCCAUAGGCCUUUCCAGUCCUGGACUUUAAAAUCAUUUACUGACAGUCAAAUUCAAUUUCCUGUUUUGUUUGGCAAAUUGGUAUCAGCCCAAUUAGUAAAAUAUAUCACUAAGGAGACAGCAGUAUCCAAACAUGUUCAGCCACUGGAGGCAGAGGCCCAAAAAUGGGGUAUGCAGUAUAUGCAGUGCAUAGUGGCACUGCAAAUGGGGGCGCCAUUAUAUAUAGUGUAUUUAUUCUUUUAUAGAGGGGGGCACCAUCCAUGAUCUUGCAUGCCUCUCAGCAAAUGUGAAGUUGCACACCUGACUGGAAGAUGGCGCAUUCUCUCAUACUUACUUAUUUUGUUACUUACCUUGCAGUUGGGGAGAGGCCUAUAGAGUUGUACAUACAGUAUAUAUGUACAAAAUCUAUAUGUAUGUUUACCGUACAUAUGAUACACGAUACAUUCUUAGAAAAGUAAACUUAUUGAAAAGAUGUUUGGAUACUUAAUUUUCCAGGUCUAUUCUUAAAAAAUCUCUCUGGUAGAGAAACUCCAUUGCAGAAUCUUUAAUGGUUCUCCCAGAGAGCUUGACUGAAGAUAGACUGCUAGAUCUAUUUUAUUCUAGGAGUGUGAUUAUCUUAGGGUUAGAUGGUAUACAAAUGCAUAGACAAUCUUAGAUGUGUUUGUUUUUGCUUAGUAGUUAUUUUUAGUGCAUUUUAGCCUUUGCCAAUUCAUGUUUGAAAUGUUUUGCGGGUUUAAGUGUCCUUUUCCCGAUCUUUACUCUAAUAAGUGACUACUAGCUGUUUAUUGUCUUUGCAUGUCAACAUCUCUGAGCUGUAAUUUAAUUUGCAGCAAUGAGUGACAUAACCAAAUCAAACUACAUUUGGAUUAAGAUUUUUUUUCUCAAACUUUUGUAAAGCAGAUAAAGUCUUGCUGCUGUGACUAUGGCAUGUGAAGUCCAAUGUUUUAUCAUUUCUCCACUCACAACUUUAGUUCUUAACUAGAUUUAAUUCCCAACUACUGGUUUAAGUGCAAAACUGCAAGUGAAAAAACUAUUGCGAUUUUGUCAUCUUAUCCUUGAAAGGAAAUAGAAGAGAUCAUUGUUUUUUCUGGUACAUGUUCGUGGCUAGUAUAGAUUUUAACAAUGAAUCUAUCAAUGUAACAAACAAACAAUUUUAACUGUUAGUUUAAUUAUUUAAUUUGCUUUUAACCAAGUUAGUUUUAGACUCAAUAUCUAGCUAUUGUAGUUUAUAGGAAUAAUGGACAUGCCACACCCAAUGCAGGCAAUAGUAGCAGUCAAUACACUUUCACAAGAGAAAAACUGCUAGCAACACAAGGACUUGUUACUUGCUAGUGUGUACAAAGGGUUAUGUGCAUAUGUGAUGUGAUACUUAUUCAGUCAGAUUUGUCUGAACAUAUCUAAGUUACUCUUACGGAUCUCUAGAUACACUAUAUUCAGAAAAGUUUGGGGACACCUGACUUUUUCAGAAAUAUGUGGUUCUUCGCCGAAUUUUUCAAACAAAGAAGGAGGCACACAAUUUUAUAGAAUAUCAUUGAAUAUUACAGCAUGAAGUAUCUGUUUCACGUUAAUUAGGAGACCCAAAAUCUUUUCCAGGAGGUGCCCCUGUGAAAAAUGAAGAUAUGGUUUACAUGAGUUGGAGUGAGAGAUCUUGAGUGGCCUGCUAUAGAGCUCUAAUCUAAAACCUAUUGAAGACCAUUGCAAUGAAUUGGGAUAAACUGACUACACCCCAGACCUCCUCACCUCACCUACAUCAGUAUCUGACUUUAAUAAAAUACUUGAGGCUGAAUAACAAUGCAAUUGGAAUAAAUGUGAAAUUGGAUAUUUAAAAAGCACAUAGCAGUGUAAUGGUCGGGUGUCCACAAACUGUCCAUAUAAUGUAUAACUUGAAAGACGUUUUAGAAGUAUGGAUAUGGACAUGUAUAUGGAAUUCUAGACAAUUUUAUUAUUGUGAUAAAAAAAAACUAGCCUUUGUUUCUUAUACUAUGUUUCUAAAGUGUAAUUGUGCUUCUGCUGAUGCCUUUGUCACUGAUUCUCUUUCAUUCAGUGAAAAAGAUACAUUUUGUUCUGUAGAAAUAGUUAUUUCUAUUUCAAGUGCUUUAUUUUCACUGGAAAAAGAGCAUGUCAGGGUAUAAAUUAAUAUGAAUAAAGUAGAAAUGAAACAACUCUUUAAAA